GCCAAAGUAGACCAUCUUACCUUGAUGGAAAUUAAUACUGUACGUCCAUUCUUGCCUCAUGCUUUGGAUCAACUUUUCAGGCUACGACAGGAAAAGAACUUCAACUACAAUCAGACCCAGUAAACUUACAGCAUAAUAAUUACUGCUAGAUGGCGUCAAAUAUCCCGGAGCCAUCGGAAGUUCGGCGGUUAAUCAGCCACAUUCAAAAACCUAUAGUCUUUCGCGGAUUGAUCGAUACGUGGCCGAUGCUCAAGUUUUCCAUGAGUGAUUGGAAAAAUUUGUUCAGUGAUAAAUUAUUGGAGUGCCGAGUGGGGAAAAGGAACUCGAAAAGUGAUAAACCUCAAUGGGAAAGACAGUCUGACAAUAUCAAGUGCACCUAUGAAGAGUUAAUCAAGUGGUCUGAAAAUUGUGGUGGAGGAAACAAUGUCGAAUUGAGUGGCUUGGAAACGAACAAACGUUUUCUCUACUAUGGUUACAAAUAUAUGAAGGAUAUUUUUGAUCUGGAAGUGUUGCAGAUGAUAGAUUGGAAAGCAUUUGGUUAUCCUGAAAGAAAUGGAGCCGAGUCAACUUUCUGGUUGGGUACAGCCGGGGCUCACACUCCUUGCCAUUAUGAUACUUACGGUUUUAAUCUUGUGGCUCAACUCGCUGGACGAAAGCGCUGGAUCCUUUACCCUCCGGAAGAUACAUGUUUUCUGCAGCCUACCCGCAUACCUUAUGAAGAAUCAAGUGUUUAUAGUAGAAUUAACUUCGAAAAAUGGGCUGAGGCUGUUCCAGUUAUCGAAGGGACUCACCCUCAUGUGGUGGAAUUGGUUCCGGGAGACGUCCUCUUUGUUCCAAGGCACUGGUGGCAUCAUGUACGCAAUGAAGAGUUGUCAGUGAGUAUCAAUACCUGGAUUGAACUUGCCAAUGAAGAUCAUAAGGCGCGAUUGCAAGAAUCGUUGGUAAAGUUUAUUGUUGCGCACACCAGUCGUAAUCUUCCAACAGACGUACUUUACGAACUACUCAAUCCGAACGAAGAAGACAUGGCAGAUGCAGACUUGGAUGAAAUCCAAAACUUGGUACGCUAUACUUUAAAAGCCACAUCGGCAGCUAACCGAAAACAUACACCUGAAGACAUCAGUGAAUUACCGCUCUUGAGCGAUCCGUGGAUUCUUCCUGUAGCGUGUAGUCAGUUGCCGAGGUUAGAUCCUGAAGUGAAAAAAGCUCGAUUCGACGAAGACCAUGCCGAAGUUGAUGCCCUAGAUGUUAUCAGAGCAUUUUCUCAUCCCCGUGUCAUUGAAAUCGUUUCCCAAAUUCUUCAAGGGGAAUGAAAAACUUAGUCUUUACCAUUUUUUUCUUUCAAUUAACGUAUAGUUCAUAGUUCUUAAAUACAAGUUUAUGUGUA